UGGUCGGAUGCUGUUAUUGGCUGGGCUGUGAGGCUCCUCCCCAAGUUGCCAUUUGUGAUGUACGAAUAGAUCAGCCCCCACAACCCCUUUGGUCGAGUCAUGCACGACCACUUCCUGAAGCUCAGCUCCACCUUGCACUCGCUCAGACACUACCCAGACAGGACUGCACAGUGUUGCCUACAUGGUUGGGAACAGUGUCUGGAUAUGAAUGAGUUCUACCUGGGUCUGAUACCACAGAAGGAGACACGCGGAGUAGAGAGCCUGGAACCAUUCGAUGCGUUUGAGGUCAGUUACUCUAAUCUAGAAUCCUGCGGUCUACUUUUGAUUCAACUCACUAGCCAUCAACCUCCCCAUCAAAGAUAUACACUACACACAAACACAAACAUUUUAUAUUCCGCCUCCCCUGGCUGUGAGGCCGUGGUUGGGGAGAUGUGUGUGGAGGGUCUGGGGAUGCCCCUGGGUCCUGGGCUGGUGCUGCUCAGUGGCGGCUCAGGCUGGGGGGGUAGAGAGGAUACUACAGCCAGGGUCCUCAUCAGAGCCAAGGGUGGCUGGAGAUGUGCCUGUGUGAAAUCAUCCAAUGACUGGGGUGUCAUACUGUAUCACACAGUAACAUCUGUGCCUGGGCGGGGAGCUGUGUUUGGUGGCCGCUCCUCCCCACUCAACCCAUCAGAAUCACAAUGUAACCUGCUUGACCCCGUUGCCCCUGACGGCCAGGCAUCAGUGAGGCUAUCUUUGAAGAAAAUGACGUGUAGUGGCAACCCGCCUCAACCAAGAUGGAGACACACUCUGACCAUGGAAAGUGUUCUACUGGGGAAUACAGUCUUACUGAGGCCCACCACCACAGGCUUCUGCUGGGAGAGACUACACCAACCCCCUCUAGUGUCCAGAUGUGGAGCUUCAACAACUCAGAUACAGGAAAACAGUCUAUUGGAUGAUGUUGGUGUGCCAGGGGUUGCUGUUACAGAUCUGACCAAAAGGGGCAGUGUGGAGCUCAGCCUGGACGCUGAGUACCUGCCAAAUGUCAUCUCUCUCUGCCCUACCCUUCUAGUCUGCUGUACCCUGGCCUCUCAUGCUGCACUCCUUCUGCUCGGCACUCCUUCUGCUCGGCUCUCCUUCUGCUCGGCACUCCUUCUGCUCGGCACUCCUUCUGCUCGGCACUCCUUCUGCUCGGCUCUCCUUCUGCUCGGCUCUCCUUCUGCUCGGCACUCCUUCUGCUCGGCACUCCUUCUGCUCGGCACUCCUUCUGCUCGGCUCUCCUUCUGCUCGGCACUCCUUCUGCUCGGCACUCCUUCUGCUCGGCACUCCUUCUGCUCGGCUCUCCUUCUGCUCGGCACUCCUUCUGCUCGGCACUCCUUCUGCUCGGCACUCCUUCUGCUCGGCUCUCCUUCUGCUCGGCACUCCUUCUGCUCGGCUCUCCUGGGCGACUCUGACGAGUUGACAACGAUGGCUCUGAUUGGUGGGGAAGGAAACUGCUUCUCUGUUGUGACUCAUCACAACCCUCACCCCAUCACUGUAGACCUGAAACCUGUUAUAUAACUAUGAGACAAGGUCGCUAGAAGAAUUCUUUGUGAGGACAUUUUUGUAAAGUAACGACUUGGUAAUGGAAAGCUGGGUAAAUUUCUGGCACUGGAGCUGUUAUGC